AUGUUUGCUUUGAAGUCUCUUGGCCUGCCUGCGGCGUUGCUGGGUUUGCUCGCCGUCUUGGCGAGCGUUCCUGUCUUUGCUGCGACCGAUUCCAAGGACCUGGGAGAAAUCUUGGCGUCCAAUAAGAACUUGUCAACCUACUACGAUCUGAUCCAGAAAUACCCCGAGAUUCUGCUUCAAUUGCCGAACUACGCUGGCGUCACGAUCGUCGCGCCUAGCAAUGAGGCAUUCGACAAGUAUCAGGGUUGGUCGAACGACAACAAGACGCUCGUCACCAACAUCCUCGAGUAUCACAUCCUGCAGGGGACCGUGGCCGCCGGCGCCAUCCAGGAGGGCGUCCCGGUCUUUCCCUCUACCCUGCUGAAGGAUACCAAGUUCACGAAUGUGACCGGCGGCCAGAAGCUGCGCAUUGACAAGCAGGCCGGGGAUGUGGUAGUCUUCACAUCUGGAGAGGGCUCGCGCAGCACCUUGCUGGAGCCCGACAUCACCUUCACUGGCGGUCUGGUGCAGAUGGUCGACACGCUGCUCGUUCCGCCUGCUCGCCUCGAGCCCACUGCUCGCGACUCUUACCAGGACCUGCGCGCCUUUCUCGGCGCUCUCUACGCCGCCGAUCUGGUGCCCGAGUUCGCCAACUCGCCUAAUGUCACAAUCUUCGCGCCGCGGAACGCCGCCUUCCAGCUUCUGUCAGGCACGCUCUCCGGGCUGACCGACGACGAGCUCAAGCGCGUGCUCUCCUACCAUCUCGUGCCCGACCUCCUGGUGGUUUCGACCGACCUGAAGAACGGGACCAACCUCACGAGCGCCGCGACCGACGCCGCCGGCAGCGCCAUCGACAUCCACGUCACGUCCGCCGGCAACAACCGGUACAUCGACUCGGCGCAGCUGCUGGUGCCGGACAUCCUCGUUGCCAACGGCGUCGUGCACAUGAUCGACAAUGUGCUGAACCCAGACGCGGCCGCCGUCAAGCCCAACCCGGACAUUGGCACGCAGCCACCUGUCUUCCCCCUGACCGGCGCCACGGCCACGGGCUCGCGCGUCGCCGUCCCCUUCACCACCGACCUGCCGUGCACGCAGGACUGCCCCGUCACGACGAGCGCCAGCAACAACGCAACUGAGGAGGCCACCGCGACCUCGACGAGCAGUCUGCGGAGCAGCUCGAGCCGCGGCGGGGGCGCGGGCCUGCCGCGCUGCACGGGGCUGGUGGGCGCCGCCGCAGGUGCGAUCGGGAUGGGUGUGUUGGGCAUGGCUGCUGUGAUCUGA